AUGAUUGACAUGGACUGCUAUACACAAUCGAUUCAACUGCAGAAGGCAAUUGAUAUGAAGCAACGUUCCUUCACAGCGAAGGCAAAGGAGUACAUGUCUUACAAUCCUGAUGAUGCCAAGGAUUGGAGGAACUUUGUUCGCAAGUGCGUGCAUUGUGGUGAAGUUUGGGUGAAAGUCUCUGGUUGCAACGGAGUCACACAAUGCGGGAAUCGAGAGAAAUCUCACGAUGUGUCUGACAAGCCGUGGUACAAGUACUCAUUCGAGGUCUUGGCGGGUGGCCGCCGCAGGCUGCGCAGGAACAACGCUUGUGAUCGGCGCUCGAGCACGCAGAGUGCGUCCAGCUCAGGCAAGCACAGGGGCUGCGGCAAAGACAUCAAUUGGUCAAGUCUACCUCGCCUUACUGACACAGAGAUGCAGACAUUGUAUGAGGUGAAAGGCCUUGAGGAAGUCCUCAUGGGCAUGCAGCAGCAUGCAGGCUACAAAGACAUGAAGGCUUAUAGGGACAAGGUCGACACUAGCUUCACCAAGUGA